AUGAUUUCCAAGAGCCAACGCAAGCAACCCCCUCCUUCCAAAACCGCCGAGGACGGCGCAGUGCAAGGACGACCGCUUGUUGCGUACAACAAGAAACUCAAGGUGUCCAAGUUUCACCGGCUCUACAAGAAGGCUUGGAGGCAGGAGGUUUUUGGGAACCAAGCAUUUAUCACCUGGUCCUCUCGCACCACGGAACACUUUGGUCAGGCAAUAUCCAAAUGCCCCGGCUGGUGGGCUGAAGCCAGUACGGACCAAGCCGAUUCUCAUUCCUACAACGAGAUCGCUGCGUUAAUCCUGUCUGGUUUGAAGGCGUACGACCCAUCACUUGGUGGUUCGAUGCCACAGCUUCGGUCCAGCAUGCAAAAUCUGUUUUCUCUUGGCGACCUCGACGACGCCGACGACGACGAAAGUUCCUGGUCUCUUUGCGAGUACUUUCUUCGCCUUGCGACACAGUGCCCCACGGUUGUGUUUGAUCUCGCUACGGCCCAACGCGUUAUCAAAACUGACGAAAAGUCGCCUCGCUUUUGGGAAUUCGCGCUCGUGUUCGACCCAACAUUAAUUGUUCAACGCCCCGAGCCGUUGACUUGGAUGUGGCUAGCGGCAUCCGAAUUCUUUGCUCAUCCUUGGACAGGGAUAUGCCGCAUUUUGUCGUGA